CAUUCUGAUCAUUUUCUUGGAUUUUCUCCCUCGUAGAUUGCGCGAAAGUCGGUGAAUUUUCUUGGAAUUUCCAUGUUUGCAUGUCAUUUUCCGGGAAAAUAAAUAAAUAUAUAUAUAUAAUCGUUUCCGGGGGAUUUUGCUUAGUGGGUUUUUGAUUUGCUUUGAAUCGUCGCGACUUAUUGUGAUAAGGGUUGUCUGAUUUUGAGUUGUUCUUUGAGUUUUCUUGAAGGGUUAGUGAAAAAAAGAAGAAAAGAUAUCGAAUAUUCUGUUUUACAGUUUUUGACUUUUUUGACGAGAAAAUCUCGCCGGAAUCCGUGUUUUCCGGUGGCCGGAGAAGGGUCUGCAUUGACGACAUUGCCAGCGAAGAACUCUCUCUCUCUCUCUCUCUCUUCUCUUGCUGUGAAUUUAGAGAGAGUUUAUAGAGGGAAAUUUAGAUUUCUUUCUCUUUUGUAAAUUAGUUGUCUAAAAAGUCUAAAAAUAGAAUUCCUGUAGACCGAUUUGCAUUUUCUUUCUCUCGCUUGGAGGGAAAGAAAGGGAAAGAAAAUCCCGACGGUCUCUCUGCCCCUCUCCCAUAUCUCUCUCUCUCUUUCUCUCUCUGUUUUUCCCUCUUUUCUGUGGGCGUCCUCUGUUUCCAGGGUUUUGAGAGAGAACCAGUGGAACAUCUCUCUCUCUCUCUCUCUCUUCCCCUUUUUUCUCAAUCUCUCUCUCACAAACAUGAUUCUCGACAAAGGGUCAAUACAAUCAAACCUCGAGUGCUUCCUCGAUUGCACAACACCGGUGGUCCCAUCCCAGUUCCUCCCCAAGAGUGAGAUCAGAAACCUUAAUAGUCUUUGGCACCCUUGGGAGAGGGAAAAAGUUGACUAUUUCACAUUGGCUGAUCUGUGGAAUUGUUUUGAUGAAUGGAGUGCUUAUGGUGCUGGAGUUCCGAUCAGUUUGGACAACGACGAAACCCUUGUUCAGUACUAUGUUCCUUAUCUCUCUGCAAUUCAAAUCUUUACAAGCAAUUCAUCGUUGAACGGUUUAAGGGAAGAGACUGAUUCAGUUUGCGAGACAAGGGAUUCAUUUAGCGAUUCAUUGAGCGAUGAGAGUGAGAGCGAGAAGUUAUCGAGAUGGGAUGGAUGUUCAUCUGAGGAGGGAGUGUAUGAGCAAGAGAGCCUUUGGCAUCUCAAUGAUAGACUGGGCUACCUCUACUUUCAGUAUUUUGAGAGAUCAACUCCUUAUGGAAGAGUGCCUCUCAUGGAUAAGAUUAGUGGAUUAGCCCAAAGAUACCCCGGUUUGAUGUCACUAAGAAGCGUGGAUCUUUCCCCGGCUAGUUGGAUGGCAGUUGCUUGGUACCCAAUUUACCACAUUCCCAUGGGAAGGACCAUAAAGGACUUGUCAACAUGCUUCCUCACAUACCACACCCUUUCAUCUUCUUUUCAAGAUAUGGACCUUGAAGACGACAUGGUUAGUGCUGAAAGGAAGAGAAAGGCAGCAGGGGAGGGGAUCUCGCUUCCUCCAUUUGGUUUGGCCACUUAUAAGAUGCAAGGCAACGUGUGGGUCUCGGGCAAGAGUGGCAGGGACCAAGAGAGGUUAAUGUCGCUUUUGAGCGUGGCAGAUUCAUGGCUAAAGCAGCUGAGGGUCCAGCACCAUGACUUCAACUACUUCACGGGGAUUCGGCGUGGCUGAAAAAUAUCACACAAGCUUCAUGAUUCACUCCCCCCAACCCCCCCAUCACCAAAUCGGUUUUCCUAACUGCCAGAAAUCCUUGUUUUUUUGGCCUUUUGGUUUUGUGGUGUUGCUUAAUUUGAAGGAAUGGCCUAACAAAAAAAAAAAAACAAAAAAAAAACAAAACAAAAAAAAGUGAGGAUUGUAGUUGAUGGUUGUCUUUGUUGAGCUCUGUGAUAUUUUAUUUGAGCAUGCUAAAGAAUAGAGUUGAGACUUCUUGUUUUCAGUGGAAAAAUGAGAAUUAGAAAAUGGGUGAGGGGAGAGAGCCCCAGGGGCUCUUAAAACUGUGAUUUCUUGUUAAUGGUUGUUUCCCAUUGUCAUGACUACAGUACAGAACCCCUUGUACAUGAGACUGCCUUUUGCUC